GCGCGGCCAGUCCCACAGGCAGUCCGGUCCUCGCGCAGGACACAUGUGUCCGGGCGUCGGCACGCACGGACCGGAGCCCCAGUGAAGCUUUCAGGGAAAAGCCAGACGGCGGCGGCAGAUGCCCGCGGAGAGCCCCUGCGCCCCGGGCGCGCCCGCUGAUGCCCCCUGUGCCCCGGGCGCGCCCGCUGAUGCCCCCUGCGCCCCGGGCGCGCCCGCUGAUGCCCCCGGCGCCCCGGAGCCGCCGCGCGCGCCCGGCCCGGAGCCGCGCCUGGCCGGCCGGCUGCUGCCCGAGCUGUGCGGCUUCGCGGCGCGCGUGCUGCUGUGCCUGGCGCCCGCCUACCUGGCCGGCUGCCUGGGCCUCAGCGUCACCUGGCUGCUGCUCGGCGCGCUGCUCUGGCGCUGCUGGCGCCGCAACCGCCGCGGGAAGCUCGGGCGCCUGGCGGCCGCCUUCGAGUUCCUGGACAACGAGCGCCAGUUCAUCAGCCGCGAGCUGCUGGGCCAGCACCUGCCGGCCUGGAUCCACUUUCCGGACGUGGAGCGGGUCGAGUGGGCCAACAAGGUCAUCGCCCAGAUCUGGCCCUACCUGAGCUUAAUCAUGGAAAACAAGUUCCGGGAGAAACUCGAGCCCAAGAUCCGGGAGAAGAGCGUCCACCUGCGGACCUUCACCUUCACCAAGCUCGACUUCGGACGGAAGUGCCCCCGGGUCAACGGCGUCAAGGCGCACACCAGCAAGCACAACCGGAGGCAGGUGGUCCUGGACCUGCAGAUCUGCUACAUCGGGGACUGCGAGAUCAGCGUGGAGCUGCAGAAGAUACAGGCUGGUGUGAACGGGAUCCAGCUGCAGGGCACGCUGCGGAUCAUCCUGGACCCCCUCCUGGUGGACAAGCCCUUCGUGGGGGCCGUGACCGUGUUCUUCCUGCAGAAGCCGCACCUGCAGAUCAACUGGACUGGCCUGACCAACCUGCUGGACGCACCGGGAAUCAAUGAGAUGUCAGACAGCCUGCUGGAGGACCUCAUCGCCGCCCACCUGGUGCUGCCCAACCGCGUGACCGUGCCCGUGAAGAAGGGCUUGGAUGUGACCAACCUGCGCUACCCUCUGCCCUGCGGGGUGAUCCGAGUCCACCUGCUGGAGGCGGAGAAGCUGGCCCAGAUGGACCACUUCCUGGGGAUCCGAGGCAAGUCAGACCCCUACGCCAAGGUGAGCAUUGGCCUGCAGCACUUCCGCAGCAAGACCGUCUACAAGUGCCUGAGUCCCACCUGGAACGAGGUGUUUGAGUUCUUAGUGUACGAAGUCCCUGGGCAGGACCUGGAGGUGGACCUGUAUGACGAGGAUACUGACAGGGACGACUUCCUGGGCAGCCUGCAGAUCUCCCUCGGGGAUGUCAUGGCCAACAGAGUGGUGGAUGAGUGGUUUGUCCUGAAUGAUACCACCACCGGGCGGCUGCACCUGCGGCUGGAGUGGCUUUCGCUGAUCGCUGACCCUGAGGCUCUGACUGAGGACCACGCUGGCCUUUCCACCGCCAUCCUUGUGGUCUUCUUGGACAGCGCCUGCAACCUGCCGAGAAACCCUUUUGAGUACCUGAAUGGUGAAUAUCGAGCCAAAAAGCUCUCCAGAUUUGCCAAGAAUAAGGUGAGCAGAGACCCUUCUUCCUAUGUCAAGCUAUCUGUAGGCAAGAAGACGUACGUGAGCAAGACCUGUCCCCGCAGCAAGGACCCUGUGUGGAGCCAGGUGUUCUCCUUCUUUGUGGGCAAUGUGGCAUCGGAGCAGCUGCAUCUCAAGGUACUGGAUGACGACCAGGAGUACGCGCUGGGAGUGCUGGAGUUGCCCCUGUGCCAGAUUCUCCCCUAUGCGGACCUGACCCUCGAGCAGCGCUUCCAGCUGGACCACUCGGGCCUGGACAGCCUCAUCUCCAUGAGGCUGGUGCUUCGGUUCCUACGUGUGGAAGAACGGGAGAUGGGAAGCCCAUACACGGGACCUGACGCCCUAAAGAAAGGCCCUCUGUUUGUUAAGAAGGUGGCCACCAAUGAAGGCCCCAAAGACCCACCCCAGGGAGAGGGGCCUGCAGACUUGCCAUGCCCCCCAGACCCUGCUUCUGGUACCAAGGAAGCCUCCAAGAGCACAACAGCCACCAGCGCCACCACUGCUGCCACCGAGCCCACACCCCAAGCGCCGGACCCAGAGCCGAAAGGCAAGGACAGUGCCAAAGGUUUCUGUGAGCCCGUGGGGGAGAAGAAGAGUUCGGCCUCCAUCUUCCUGACUGUCCCCGGCCCCCACUCUCCAGGGCCCAUCAAGUCACCCAGACCCAUGAAGUGCCCUGCCUUCCCGUUCGAAUGGCUGCCCGCGGGGCUGGCUCCCAGCAUGUCCUCACUCAACUCCCUGGCCACCUCCUGCUUUGACCUGACAGAUAUCAGCCUCAACAUUGAGGGCAGGGAUUUCAGGCCGCGGAGGCUGGGCGAGAUCCAGCUCACCGUGCGCUACGUGUGUCUGCGGCGCUGCCUCAGCGUGCUCAUCAACGGCUGCAGAAACCUGACACGCUGUACCAGCAGUGGCGUUGAUCCUUAUGUCCGUGUCUACUUGUUGCCAGAAAGGAGGUGGGCAAGUCGUAAGAAGACCUCAGUGAAGCGGAAGACCGUGGAACCCCUGUUCGAUGAGACAUUUGAAUUUUUUGUUCCCUUGGAAGAAGUACAGAAGAGGUCACUAGACGUCGCAGUGAAAAACAGUAGGCCACUUGGCUCACACAGAAGGAAGGAGCUGGGAAAAGUAAGUAUGAGAACUCUUGCUCCUUGGAGGAAUGGCAGCCUUGUAGAAAUUCUGAUUGGAUCAUUCAACUGUUACCAGAACUGAAUUCAAGAAACGUAAAAUAUUCUUUAAAUUAUGUAGAUGAAUAAAUUAGUAUGAUAAACCAUACUGUAAAAACUCAAGAAUAUCCCAAUUCAUUACUACACAAGUAUAUGAACAUCUACUAGGGUGUUAGGUAUUGUUUCUGUAUAUAUUUCUAUAUUUAUAGCAUUGUUGUGAAGCUUGGAUCUUAUUACAUCAAUAUUUUUGUAAUGAUAGGAUUUUGCUUAAAGUAGAAAUAGAGGAAAGAGAAUCUUCAGGAAGAGAGACAAAGAAUUAUAUUUUGUUCAUAGUUGUAUUCUAAUAAACAUUUUAUGCUCAUCUUUUUAAAGCCCACUUCUAUGAAGUGAUAUAGUUGAGGCAACUAUGGUGUCUUGCUUUAAAUUAUGACCAGAGGCAAGCUGUUCUUUCUGUAACAUUCAUAUAGACAUUCCUGGGGUAUACAGCAAUUCACAUCGCCCCAGGACACUGAGGUCACUGUCCUGGAGAGGUUCCAUGUUGCAAGCCAAAAAGACCUUUUUACAGUCAAUUCCAUUUAUCUCGUAUGUUUCCAUUUAAUGCAACAUUUUUGGAAGUGAACUGAUUUAUUUGUGAUUGUUUAGGUACUGAUUGAUUUGUCAAAAGAAGAUCUGAUUAUGGGCUUCUCA